AUGCCAGAAGAGUACAUGUCCAUGCUGAGAAGCCUGCCGUCAGAGGUUGACAAGGUCAAAGAACCUGUUGUCAGUGUCGCAACAGUAGACGUCGCCGUUCAAACAGGACCGCCUCGUCAUCUCGCCUCUGGUAUUCUGUAUGGCAUACCGGAUAGACCUGAUCAGAUACCUGAUCACUUCUACAAAGACAUUGGGUUCAAUUAUGGUCGCGGUGGUGGAUCUCAGUUGCCCGGAACCAAAGGCUACGCCGUCAGUCUCGACGACUACAAGGCUCGCUUUGCUUCGGCGUUGAGUAACUACAGAACUACUCGGAAACACGGCGGCGAGUUCAUUUACUUGCUUCCCGCUCUUUGGGGUGCUGAUGGUGGACAGUCGGAAGGCUUUGCGUACCCGGGAGACGACGAUGAUUGGACAGGUUGGGAUGCGUUUCUUGAACGUACGCUCGACGAUGUCAAGAAGUCAGAUAUGAUUGAGGGCCUUGUUGUGGAUAUCUGGAAUGAACCGGAUCUGAGCUUCUUUUGGAACCGGUCGAUGGAGCAGUGGUUGCAGCUCUGGACUCGCUCGUUCAACAAGAUUCGAGAAGUACUUCUAUCUGUUCGGAUCUCUGGUCCAAGUAUGUCAGCCAUUCCUUCAGCAUCGCACGAAUGGUGGUCGGCCUUCCUGUCUCGCUGCAAAGACAGCCUCCCGGAUCAAUGGUCCUGGCAUAUGGAGGGCGGCGAUGAAGCAGUCACCAUGGCGAGCUCUAUGGCCUCAUUCCACGAUUUGCUAUCCAAGCAUGACAUCCCUCUCGAAAAAGCCCAGGACGUGAACAUCAAUGAGUAUGCUGUUUAUGGAGAACAAGUUCCUUCUGCGGGUGCGUGGUGGAUUGCUGGUCUUGAGCGAGAGAAUGCACAUGGUCUUAGAGGAAAUUGGGCUAUCGCUGGAGCGUUGCAUGACUUUAUGGCUGGUCUUUUGAGCAAGCCAAACAGCAGUGACGGUAGCUACGCCAUCGACGGCGAAGGAUACUGGCCAACAGCAGAGUUUCAGGUCUACAAGUACUACGCCUCCCGCAUGAAGGGCCAGCGUCUAAAGACUAGUGCUAGUUCAGAUAGAUUGCUCGAUGUUUAUGCGACUAUUGAGGGAGACGUUGUGCGCAUAUUGGCGGGUACUCGUUCAAGACCAGGGCAUUGGACGAUUGAUGUAGUUGGCCUGACAGAUGAUACACGAGUCAAGGUCAAGACGCUGGCGUUUCGGGUUGUUGACGGGGAUAAGUUCAGGCGCGUUGAUGGACCACAUGAUCUUGAAGAGAGAGAAGAGGUCGUAAAGGAGGGAAAGCUGAGGUUGAGGAUGAAGCAUCAAGAUCCUAUGACGGCCUUUGCGUUCGAGCUGACGAUUGCAGAAGGAAGACAUUAUACAGUUUCUCCCUUUCCUCCCGUACUAGUGACCAACCGCCGGUAUCUUGGUGCUCUAAGCAGAAUGAAGGAGCUGAGUAUUGGUUAA